ACUCUCCAAUUAAAUAUUAACCCUGUAUGCCACCGCUGGUUUGUUUUAGUUUAUUAACUCAUUGAAACAUUAAUCAAACAGUGACGAGUCCAGAUUAUACUCAUUUAAAAGACAGCCAGAAGACACUGUCCUCCAAACAGUGAACAGCUAUGAGUCCAUUGAAGGGCAGCGGUCCUCUUACUACUCAUGUGUUGAAUACAGGGGACGGGGUCCCAGCGGCCAGGAUGGCCCUCAGUUUACACCGCUUGGACCCCCACAUGACCCUUUGGAACCUCAUAACUGUCGGAACCACAGACGCAGAUGGACGCUGUCCAGGACUAAUAACCAGUGAUGCCUUCACUCCAGGAAUGUAUAAGAUGCGGUUUGAGACCGGCCAGUACUGGGAGAGCUUGGGACAGGACAGUUUUUACCCAUAUGUUGAGAUAGUCUUUACCAUAACUGAUGCUGAACAGAGCUUCCAUCUGCCAUUGCUCCUCAGCAGAUACUCAUACAGCACAUACAGGGGGAGCUAGUGAGCAGCUCUUCACUCCAGCAACCCUACUACCAUACUCAGCUUUUAGAGUUCCUUGAUACUCACUUUACCAUACUGCAUACUGUGCAAUAUAUACUGCACACAAUGCCUAUUAUUUUAAAUAGUAUGUGAACAGUACACAUUAUGCACAAAUAAGCAUUUCAAACAGCAGUGCAAACAAUGCAUCAUUGUUGUCACAUGACCUCACCGUGUUUAAUUCAGCGAGUGGUUUCCAGAUGUCUUGGAAAUAAAAAAUAUUAAUAAAAAUAUUUUUUGACUGCAA